AUGCGUCGCGUUGCCAUUGUCUCACCUGUCCGCACGGCCGUCGGAAACUUCGGCGGCACCCUGCGAGACGUCUCCGCUGCGGAGCUGGCCAGUACCGUAAUCAAGGAGGCCCUCGACCGCUCCGGGGUCGACCCGGCCAAGAUCGACGAUGUCAUUCUCGGCCACGGCUAUCCCAGCGGCGAGAACCCCGCCAUCGGACGCCUCGCCGGGCUCAAGGCAGGCCUGCCCAUCGAGGUGCCGGGCUACCAGCUGGACCGCCGCUGCUCCUCCGGCCUGCAGGCCAUCCUGAACGCCAGCAUGCUGGUCCAGACCGAUAACGCCGACGUGGUCCUCGCCGGUGGUGUCGAGAGCAUGAGCGGCGCCGAGUUCUACAGCAACGAGUCCCGCUGGGGCGCCCGUUACGGCUCCGUCACGUUCCACGACCGCCUCGCCCGUGCCCGCGUCACCAUCUCCCCUGACGAGCGCUUCGGCCCCAUCCCCGGAGGAAUGGUCGAGACCGCCGAGAACCUGGCCCGCGAAUACGAAAUCGCCCGCCAGGAACAGGACGAAUACGCCCUGCGCAGCCACCAGCGCGCCGUCGCCGCCCAGGCUGAGGGCCGCUUCGACAAAGAGAUUGUGGGCAUCCCCGUGCCGCAGCGCCGCGGCGACCCGGUCCCCUUCGAGAAAGAUGAGGGCCCCCGCGCCGACACUAACAUGGAGACGCUCGCCCGCCUGCGCCCGGUGAUGCGCGACGGCACCGUCUCGGCCGGCAACGCCAGCAGCCAGAACGACGCCGCCUCGGUGUGCUUGGUCGUCGCUGAGGACAAGCUGGAGGAGCUCGGACUCACCCCCAUGGCGUUCCUGCGCGGCUGGGCCGUGACCGGCUGCCAUCCCGCAACCAUGGGCAUCGGCCCCGUGCCGUCAGUGAACAAGGUGAUGGCGAAGAUCGGCCUGUCCCUCGAGGACAUGGACCUCAUUGAGCUGAACGAGGCCUUCGCCGCCCAGGUGCUGGCCGUACUCCGCGAGUGGAAGCUGCCCAACGAGGACAACCUGAACGUCAACGGAUCCGGCAUUUCGCUGGGCCACCCCAUCGCCGCCACUGGCGCCCGCAUCCUGACCACCCUGCUGCACGAGAUGGAGCGCCGCAAUGUCCAGUUCGGCCUCGAGACCAUGUGCGUCGGCGGAGGCCAGGGCGUCGCCGCCGUCUUCGAGCGCGAGUAG